AGCGGCCCCAGAUUAAAUUAUUGGACAUCAGGACAAGCAGGAGGAUCACUUUGGAGAGCUAGACGGGCAGAGAGAGGCACAAGCUCUGUCGGGGAACACGUAUUAGGCUACUAGAUAUUUAAUGUGUUAGGCAUUUUUUUUGUAAAGAUUUUGACAAGACACUUUCCUGCUGAAGAGUGGAAAUGGAAGGCUUGCUAUUCGUUUUUCUCCUGGUUUGUGCCUGCGUUGUUUUCCAAGCUGAUGGACGCAAAACAUAUGCUGACAUGUUCCCCCACAAGCAUGCCAUGGCAGGGAAGAUACCAUUCCCAAUUCCACCAAUUCCUGGCUGGGAUCCUGACACCAACCCAUGGGAUGAUUACCUCUACCCUCCAUUAACCCCAAAGCCAAAGGAGCUCAUGCACCACAAAGGUAAACCAAAGGUUCGUCUGACCAGCGACAGUCCGGCUCUCAAUGGCUCUAGCAUCACGUUCACCGCAAAGCUGGAGUACCCACCAUGCCAGAAAGAGGAUGCUAAUGGGGACCUUGUAUGGGAUGAUCACUGCGAGGAUGCCAAUGGACAGGUUCGUUCUGGUUACGUUUACAACUGGACUUCCUGGUUGGACGACUACGGCUUUGGAAAGUGUCCAGAUGCGACGAAAUGCAACGUGUUCCCAGAUGGGAAACCUUUCCCACAGAGCAACGACUGGAGCCACAAGAGCUAUGUCUACGUGUGGCACGCAAUGGGCCAGUACCACGAGACAUGUGACGGCUCUUCUUCCAGUUUGACCAUCAACACCACCAACAUCCCUCUGGGGGCAGAGGUCAUUGAGGUCAUGGUCUACAAGAAACGUGAACGCAGGAAGUACAGCCCCCUUACUACUGACAACACCGUCUUCUACAUCACAGAUAAGAUCCCUGUGGCAGUCGACAUCUCCCAGAAGGUUGCGGUCAACCAGUCCCAGAAUGUUUUCUUCCGCGGUGAGGACGUGGUCUUCACAGUACAGCUGCAUGACCCCAGCGGCUACCUCAAAACCGCAGCCGCCAUUGACUACAUCUGGGACUUCAAAGAUGGCAACCAGCUGGUGACACACCGCGAUGUGACCACACACACCUACAGCGCCCUGGGGAGCAUGAGUGUGAAGAUGGUGGUGGAGGCAGCGUUCCCUGUCGAGUGUCCGCCUCCCGCUUCCACCCCAACUCAGAGGAGCUCCACUUUACCACCUCACUCUGGUACUGGAAACGGAGAUAUAGCCCUAGAGGCUCCCACACCUCCGCCCGGUACUCAUGCUGGGACUGUCAAGAUGGAGACGACCCAGGUGCCACCCAGGACCAGCACCAGCUCCAGGACCAGCACCAGCAAGCCCCUAACGUCUUCCUCUGCUCCCAUUGCCACUACAACAGGCGUGCCCACCACGGAGCCCCUACCUCCUUUUGUUUCCGGUGCACCAGGGUCUGACCCCACGGCCCUGGCCUGGCUUCGCAACAAGCGCAGCAACAGCAACAGCAACAGCAACAGCAACGAGUGCUUCCGCUACGCCCAUGGGACCUUCAUGGGCAACAUCACCAUUAUUGAGCCCAAGCUCACACUGAGCAGCGAGUCAAACAGCCGCAUUGUGGAGGUCUCCGCUGCCAGAGUGACCAACACCGACAUCAGCUUCCUAGUGAAAUGUCUGGGCAACAUCCCCACUUCAGCCUGCACCAUUGUGUCGGACCACACAUGUACUCAGGUGCGCAGCAUCAUGUGUGACGACCUGCCGCCAUCAUCUCAGUGUGAAGUGCGCCUCAUGCGAUCGUUUCCAGAGCCGGGCACCUACUGUGUCAACAUCACCCUGGAGGACUCCAGGAGCCUGACCCUGACCACCACCGUCGUCACCAUCAACAAGUCCCAGGAUGCACCUGUGUCCAAGACAUCACACCCUGCAGAGGUGGUGCUCUCUUCAACCGCCGUGCUGGUGGCUGUCUUUGCAUUCAUUGCGUAUAUGGUCUGCAAGCGUUACAAGGUGUACCGACCCAUUCGUAGGUCCCUGGUGGAGGAUGCCUGCGGCCAUGCUAGGGUCGGAGGUCGCAUGGUCCGUCUGAGGGAGGCUCUCUUCCCCUCCAGCGAGGAGAGCCACCACCUGCUGACUGAGAGACGCCCCCUGUAGGCUCCAUGAAGCUGCACCAAAGCAUUUCAGCCCUCAAUGCUUAGUUUAAUCAUUAAAAGUCAAGAUAAUUUUCAUGUCUGUAGAGAAAUACUAUUAAAUGAGUUCUGUGUCCUAAUUUAGUCGUUAAAUGUUGGCUAAAGCUACUGCAGUGUAUGAUUGGCAAGGAGUUCUCAAAGUAGGCUGUGAAAUAUCCAAAUCAGGCACUGCUCCUUUUUAUUUCCUGUUUUCUGGCUCAACUUUGGAAGAGGUAGUUGCUAGGAGAUGAACUGGGUUUCUAGUAGUGGCCGUUUAUUGUUCAAAUGAAUCGCUUUUGUGCAAACUGUGUGGCAAGUGCUGCUUUACAACUGUGUGCCUAUAACAGUUAAGUACGAAUUCCUUGAGAUGGUUUUCCAAUAUAAAAUGUAUACUACCAGUGACAUGUGCAUGUUGAAUGAAUUGAAAUUUGAAUUUUUUUUAAUGUAAGAAGCAAAUCAAUGGAAAGACUUGACUGAGGACUCUAAUAAAGGUUGUGAACUAACCACUCUUUUGACGACA